CACUUUCAUUUCCGUUUACCUACGCGUUUGAUUCAGUCGACUGACAUCGAGAGCUGUGCAAAAAUGAGCAAAAUUUCUACGGUAGGAUCUCCUCCUGUGGUGCACAAUUUCGACCAAAAAGACAAAACCUCCAACCCAUUGGAGUUUCCUUUGAACAAUGACGUCACCAUUCUGCAGAGCCCAGCGCCCUGCCCCAAUAGCCCGUUUGACUGGAAGGUGCUGAAGACUGUUUGUUCGGCUCUCAAGCUCGGACAGAUCACGGCUGCCAUCGUAAUUCUGGCGCUCACCCGAACCCGGAGCCGUCGCAAUUCGGAACCGCUGGAUUCUCUUGCGGAAAUGACGUUCCUAUUCCUCGCCAUCAACGCCCUGAUAGGAACGGUGCUUUCCUUGGCCGAUUCCAUCUUGGUAGCCCAUCCUCUCCGAACGGCAUUCACUCCGGCGCUAUGGUUCCGGGUGAAACUUUGGCUUACGGGAUUGGCAGCAGUUGCGUUCCACACGCUGGCAUAUUUCGUGCUGGUUAUUGCCCUCAACUACUAUGGCUACGAAUCCAACAUAGUGGCGGCCGUUUUCGGAUUUGUCAAUGCCGGGCUGUAUGUGGUGGAUUGGUGGUUGGAUUUUAGCAAACGGGGUGAAAUUGUUAGGAACCUGGAAAAUACGAGGGAUUAUGAAGAGGUGUAAAACUAGGGUAGCGAACCACUUGGGCAGCGGCCGGUAUUUUGGGCACUCUUCGCUAUAACACAGUCAAUCCCAAACCAAUUGACUUGAAAUUUUGUACAUGGCUAGAUACCAUACAUAUCUCAUCGCGUUCCAAAAAAUGUGCCAAUUGGUUUAGAAUUGGCUGAGUUAUAGCAGAAAAGUGCUCAAAAUAGGACCCUUGCCGAGAUGGUUCCACUUCCCUGUGUGUUGCUUGGCUGAUGAAGGUAAACUGAAGAACUAACGAAUUCAUAUUCCAUGUACAUUGAAAGUAACAAGAAAAUAAAUAUAAUGGUAUAAUAUUGUUAAGCA